AUGGCAUCUCACCCCGGUGUCACCUUCCACGAGAGCAUAAAAGACUUCCUCGCUGACCCGAUCGAGCUGUGCUUCGGAAGCAUGCCGGUGGAUUGCAACUCCACCGCCACCUUCGCCAGCUCGGCAUCCGUCGAAUCUGCAUCAACAGAACAAGGUCUUCACCCAAGGAUCAUGGCUCCAAUCGUCCAGCAGUCGAACCAGAUCCAAUCUGAUGACCCACCCGACCCACCUAGUUUUCGGACUCGCCGGAUGGCAUCUCACCCCGGUGUCAUCUUCCACGAGAGCAUAAAAGACUUCCUCGCUGACCCGAUCGAGCUCUGCUUCGGAAGCAUGCCGGUGGAUUGCAACUCCACCGCCACCUUCGCCAGCUCGGCAUCCGUCGAAUCUGCAUCAACAGAACAAGGUCUUCACCCAAGGAUCAUGGCUCCAAUCGUCCAGCAGGGCCUCUCCUACGCCUCCGUCGACCCCCAAGAGCACUUCACUGUGCUCGACCUCGGCGAGCUCCGCGCCAUCCACAUCGACGCGUCGAGAGCCGAGGCCUGGGUCGGGUCCGGCGCCACGCUCAGCGAGCUCUACUACGCCGCCGCCGUCGCCAACCAAACGUUCGGGUUCCCCGCGGGCAACUGCCCCACCGUCGGCGGCGGCGGGUUCGGCGCCCUGUCGCGCAAGUACGGCCUCUCCGCCGACAACGUCCUCGACGCCGUCAUGGUAGACGCCGAGGGGAGGCUGCUGAACAGGAGCACCAUGGGGAAGGACCUCUUCUGGGCCAUCCGCGGCGGUGGCUGGCGGCGGUUUUGUGUUUGA